AGCUGAAAUCAAAAUAAACAUCGGCCGACGCCCAAACAAAACAUUAUUUUUGAGAAAUAGGCGUGCCGCACACGCCCGGCUGCAGUGUUCUCUGACUCUAAAUAACUUGCACCUUAUUAAAUAUAUCUGCCGGUCUUUUUAAAAAAUAAGGAACUAACGUUCAAAAUAAUUGUUGGUAAUACAGUGUUUUCUUCAAAUUAAUCAUAUUUUAUAUAAUAUUUAUCGAAUUACAUAACAAUAAUUACUUUGGACUUUGAUUAUAUCGUGUAACUGGGGCUGCGGAACCGGCAAUGGUGUCUACAAGGGGGGUUCGGUAUAAAUUUAGCGAAGGCGAGCGCGUUUUGUGUUAUGAACCAGAUCCAACUAAAGCUAAAGUGCUGUACGACUCCAAGGUAUUGGAAGUCAUCGAGAGUAAGGAUAAACGUGGCCGCCGCACCGUAGAGUAUUUGAUACACUUCCAAGGAUGGAACUCUUCGUGGGAUCGCUGCGUCAGUGAAGAUUUUGUGUUGAAAGAUACCGAGGAAAACAGACAACUACAAAGAGACCUCGCUGAGAAAUCACAACUUCAACUGGGUGCGUAUUUGUAUCGGCGAGAACGCAAAAAGGGAGGAAGCUCAAACACCGGGGCGGGUCCCCCGAAGCGCGCCCGGCAUGGCUUCUCUGACGACGGGUCUUCUAGCAGCACACAGCCUGAUGUUUCUCCUCAAUCAGAUAACAUUGAGGAGGGCGUGGAGACGGCCGACACGGACUCGUCGUCCGCCUCGGGGUCCAGCUCGCAGCCACGCUCGCCGCCGCCCAACGUGCAUGUAGGACGCGCGCAUAUCGCGUUACCCUCGGCUUUACGCGACCGCCUAACAUUCGACUACCACUUGGUGGUGAAGCGUGGUCGCCUGUCCCGGCUGCCGGCGACGCCGUGCGCGGCUCAGAUACUCGAGUCCUUCGUCAAAUGGUUCGCGCGAGCCGGCGCCUGGCACCCCACGCGGGCCAGGCAUGACCCGCCCCAGAAGCCGGAUAUGCUUGAUGUUUCUUGCAGACUGAACCUAGUCCGCGAGGUGGCGGACGGUUUGCGCGUGUACUUCGACUUCAUCCUGCGCGGACACCUGCUGUACAAGCAGGAGCUGCACCAGUACCACGAGAUCUGCGGACAGUUUAUUGACGAACAAGAAGCGCACAAGAAACUGGAGUUGGAAGGCGAGGAGGAAUAUGACGAUGAUCAGAUGGCUACCGAGGAAGAUGUGCUGACUGCCGCCGAGGAAGAUCUCAAGAGCCCUAAGAUACCCGAGUACUCGCAUCUGCCGCCAGAUCCCAUGGACGCUGACAAGAGCGAAGGUGAAUCAAACAACCACGACGACAUUCACGCGUCUAAGUGCGAGUUCAACGACAAGCUCGCGAUGAGCGAGUCGACGGCCGAGGACAACCACGUCGCCAGCUCCAAGACUCGCGACGGACGACCUGCCACCCGCAGCGGGAAUGUUGCAAGGAGACUUCGUUCUCACAAGUCGGUGGUGUCUCAAUCAGAAAAUGAGGAACCCGCCCCCUCCACUUCAACUGGCGAGCCGAGGGCUUUCGAAACUAUGUCUUCAAGCGUGGGCAGCAGCGGGUCGUCGCUGAGCGAGUGCUGGGCGCGGCCGGCGGCGGCCGCGCCGGCGCCCUCCUCCACGCGCACGCCGCUCUCGCUGCUGCUCGAUAAGGUGGCAAAAUGGCAGAUUAUUCCGCGCGAUGGAACAGAGCACUUGCCUUGCCGUGUCUAUGGUGCCAUCCAUCUUGCCAGACUCUUUGUGAAAUUGCCAGACUUCUUGAACGCGACUCAAAUGCCUGAUUUCAAAUUGAAACUGAUACUCAAGCACAUCGAUAUGUUCGUUCAGUACUUGGACGAGCACAGCGAAUGGUUCGGCGAGGUGUAUUACGUGGCAGACAGCAUGUCCCGCUCACACUAAACGAUACUCAACUAACAACACUUGCUCUCUAUCGAGACAAUUACAUUCCAAAUGAUUCAAACUUAACUGAUUCGAGUCGAAAUUUAUUCCAAAGAAAAACAUCAAUAUUCGCCACCGUCCAAAUUUUUUCUAACCUUCACAAAAAUGUCUGCGGUUAUUUAGAAUAGGCUAAAAUCUUAUCAAGGAAACAAACACGCUUUCUUCUAGAAUCUCUUUACAUUUUUCUUGAUAAUAUCUUAGCUAAUAAUAUCGGCUAGUAAUUGAGAUUACUAGAAAAAAAAAAAACAAUAUCGUAAACGAGUGACUUAUUGUAAAGCCUUCAUUAGGAAAACGUAACGUUGAAAUAAUUUCAAAGUUCUCAUGUUAAUGCGCCUUAACUUUGACACCACUUUCAUACAAAAUGUAGGGUUAUUUUUGUUACCCUGAGGUACAAUAGCUUAACAAGUUUUAAUUUACAAUAAUUGAAUGUUUUAGGAAGAAGUUCUUAUGCCCAGAAUUUACAAAAAGGAGCGAAGCAGAGAAGUUUUAAACAACCAUAGAAUUUCCUAAUUCAAAUAUCUCGUCUUUGGUGGGUCUUUCGAAAUUGUAUUGGUUGUUUUAAAAACUUCUCCACUCCGCUUUGGUGGAGUUUGGGUUUAUUUUGCUUACGUAGUUUGUUUUAAAAGGCUUAUGCCAUCCGUAAGCAAAACGCUUUUCUAUACGAAUGUCAUAGAAAGUGGUGUCAGCGUGGAGAAUAACUAGGGUACUAUUUUCUUGUAGGAAACGUUUGUCAGUAUUACGUAGUGGUUGUAAUCGGGACCUUGUUGGUUAUUAGCACUGGCCUAUCAAUGCACAAUAGGGAACCUGGUAUGAUUAUUAUUAUGAGUAUAUAGCAGUUAUGCUAGCCUAAAUUCGUCUUUUUAAUAUAUAAUACUGUAUCUAUUUAGCGAGAGACUGGUCUGUCUACAUUUAUGUAGCUAUAUAUUUAUUUAUCCAUAUCUUUCGCAAUGUGUGAUAUCAAUGAACAACUGCGUGAAAUAUUUAGUAUCAAGUUAUCAUAGUUUCAGUAUUGUAGUGUUUCAGCUAUUUACAAAUAGUUCAGUUGAUUACAAUUUUAUUCACAUUUUACAGAAUGCUUAUUGCUUGAAGUAUAAAAAUAAAAAUCUAUCGCAACUUGCACAUCAUUUAAAACUAUUCUAUCAAUAUAAUACUGUAGUGAUUUACGACACUAUAUCAUAGCCGUCUCUGGUACUGAUCAAUAAUUCACAUUAUAUGUAGAUUAUUCAUUAUAUGAUUAUUAUUAUAAUAAGUACAGUGUAGUUUGAAAAUUUUAAAAAUGCCGACGCUGAUUCACAUAAUUACAUUAUACAGGAUCUGGUUUUCUUCUUUCGUUUUAGAUAACGACGAGAUGGAAUAAUAUGCACCAAAUAAACGUAAGCCUGUAUUGUUGACGUCAAAUAACUUUGUCCCUCAAUAAUAUGCUACAGAACUACCGAGCUUUUGAUACACUUACUGUUCUUGGUCUUCAAAGGGCUACAAAAAUUCAAAUUAAGCUGCACUGAUAUUAACGGAAGGCUCGAUGGGUAUAUACCUACAAGUGACUGCACAACUAAACAAUUACGAAUAAAACAUUUAUAAGCGCAUGUGCGAGGCAUCAAAUGACAAAUUUUAGCGGGGCAAAGUUAUUUGACGUGAAUUGUAUGUUACACCAAAAAAAAAUGUAGAUGUCUGGCCGACCUUUAAAUUAAUCCUAUCUAUAGUGAGAAAACUGCAAUAGUAAUAGCAUUUUAUUUUAGUGGACAACUUACAAAAUAAAUAAAAUAUGAUUUCAAAA